AUGGGCAAGGACAGUCGACGGCGUCGAAAACUGAGAGCCAGAGCAAAACGUUUGGCAAACAGGAAGGAAGUUAUCAUUCAGCCUCAGUGUUCAAGUUCUCUCCCUCCAAAGUAAGCACCUCUGAUCUUUUAAUUUUUCUGUUCAGUGUUCUUUCUAUGACUAGUCAUCACAGUUGCCUUGUUUUCAAACCAUUGAAAGUGACCAAGGCCAUUUAUGUAGCAAGAAAGUAAUAAAAUGCAUAUAAAAUUGUUGCGAAAGUUGGGUGCUUUCCCCUCUCUCUGCCAAGUGGUGGCAAGAGCUCAUGGGCUUCCAGGAACUCACCUAGGGUAUGUGGAGACUGUAGUAGCUUUAAGAAAUAUGGUUUAUUCACCUAUUCACACCUUCAGUCUGCAUGGAGGGAGUCCAGAUCUUACAGCAUAGCCAUUUCAAGAGGGGCUUGUACCCCACAGCAGUGCAGCCCUGGAGUCAAAGGCAUAUCUCCCAGUCAACCCUGCAGCCAGCCUGCCCAAGAUGGAUCCCAGUCCGUCUUCCAUCAUCUUCUUUUCCUCAGCAACCCUUGCUCAAUACUUUUUUUUCCUGUCACCUCACACCCAGUUACCCUGGCAACCUACCAAACCCCCAUCUCUGUUCACACCUCAGGGCAAGAGGGGAGGACAGUUAUCUUGCAUUGCCAAUGGCCCUAUAUUGUUUCUUGGCCAGGUCAUUUUGCAUAGGCUUGCACAGGAAUUCAUCUGCAGCUUGUAUUUCCCCUUCAUAUCCCAAAUAAUGAAAAUCCUACCAUUUAUUAAUUUCUAAUUAAUUUCCCCCGUUCUCAAAUCUAUAACAAUAUAAUUGUAAUGCUCAUGCACUGCUUGUUCUAGUAAUGGAAGCCUAUGGGAAUGAGGUGGUUUUCUGUGCCAAAGACAAUAGGAACCAUCCAUGAAGGUCACCUUUUUAAGAUUUUGAUUUGGUGUUUGUCUUUGGUAGGCUUCCGGUUUCACCCUGCAGCUGGAACAAACCUCUUUACUCAUGGCCCUUGACAUUUCUGAGCAUUGCAGUAGUGAAGGCUUUACAGACCGCAGGGUUGUGUCUGUACAGGUGGUGCCAGAAAAGUGUUGGACAGGUAAGUUUUUGUUCAUGUGAUCUUUUUAUUUAGAAUACUGAAAACUGUAGCAGCACCAGCUUUGUCUGUUUGAGCUGGAGGGCAUAUGUGGAAUUAAGAGAGUGCAUGAUGAGUGACCGUAACGAAAUGGAGGUGUAGCCUGACAUAGAAUGGCUGCCACAUCUAAAAGAACAGAAAAAGUGACAAAGGCAAGAAAUUGUGCCAGGAUGCCCCACCUAUCAAUGUGGGGGACUUUGCCCCCCAUUGCAGUGGCUCGCGAAGAGACAUUCUUUGAACCCCUACUCAGUGCAGAAUGGAAGAGAGCGAGAGUGUCUAAUCUUGGUGGAUGUUUGGGAGGAGGGUGUUCAGCCUAGGAGGGGCUGAGCCACUCCAUGCUCGCUGGUGGAUCCCAGGCUUCACAUGAGUAAAAGUACUGGGUUCAAUCUCUGACGCCACCAGCUCAAGGGAUCCUGAAAAGCAGCGCUAGAAAGGAUGACUCCUCAUUGCCAUUCAGAAUCUACAGUAACAAACUUAGACACAGGGACUGCAGCUUAGUUGGGAGAGCAUCAGUUUGCAAACAAUGACUCCCACUUUUGAUCCUCAACACUUCCAGCAAGGACUGGGGUAAGACUGCUGUUGGCAGGACAUCAGGUGUGGGGCUGUUGGACCAGGCAAACAUCUUGAUCGAUCAAGGAGGUGUCUUCUUAAGUUGUCUGGGGCGGGCUCUGAGGUUUCCUUCACCUGUCACCCUUUCUUUCCUGGGAUCCUGGUCACAGCUUUUAAAAUCCAGCAUGAUGAUUGAUUGUAGCAAGAAUUUUAGACUCCCUUUUUCUCUUUGGAAAUGGCUUUUCAUUUCAAGCAACCACUAGGAUGUUGGCAGUCAAAGGCCCACUUCCUGCUUUUGAGGCCCACCCCCAGCCAAAAUGAAAAAAUAACGACCCACCAUUGGAACGGAUAUAUUUUUAUUCAUAUUUAUGAACAUUUUAAGCUCUGUAUAGGUUAAGAAAAAUGAUGUCUCAUCAAAUCAUGUUUCUUACCUGCUCAAAUCUGCAGCACUAAGCUGAGAGUCGCAUUUGAGUCGGGUGCACAUCGAAACAAGUUAAAUGUGAAAAAACUAAAUCUGAGCCCCCUUUUGAAUGUGGGACCCAAGGAAAGUGGCCCUCUUGUGUCCUCUCCCCCCACUGCAUUGGUCCGGGGUGUUGGCUUUUUUUCUGCUGCCAAGUGUGCAUAUACAUUGGGCUUAUGCCUAGCUCUGUAGAAAAUCAGUUUCUCUUGCUUCUUUUCUGCUCUCCCAGUUCUUUCAAGUCGUCAAAAAAAUUGUGUCUCCAUCAAACACGUGUCUGCAGGAGUUGGCUGCACUCCGGGAACGGUUAGAAAAGCUGGAAACUGAAUUUGCCAGCCUACAGUUGCUGGUCAAGGUAAGUCGUACUUUUUACAAAGUUUGUAGCAAUCCAAUCUGCCGCCUCCGGCCAGCUUCUGAUAUAUUGUAAUGAACUGAUUUGCUUCCUGACAUUCAUACUUUGGAAACAGGAUCCUUGAAGCCCAAACCAUUGGCAAGACUUUUACCUGCGUGGAGGGGUGGCAACUUUGUCUUAAAUGUUAUUUCUUUGCCGCAGGCAAAUAGCUGUGGACGAGUCCAAUUUGUUGUGGUUUGUAAAAUAUAGAUAAUUACUUUAACAUUAAUCUAUGUACUGCUUAGGGACGCGAGUGGCGCUGUGGGUAAAAGCUUCAGCGCCUAGGACUUGCCGAUCGAAAGGUCGGCGGUUCGAAUCCCCGCAGCGGGGUGCGCUCCCGUCGCUCGGUCCCAGCACCUGCCAACCUAGCAGUUCGAAAGCACCCCCGGGUGCAAGUAGAUAAAUAGGGACCGCUUACUAGCGGGGAAGGUAAACGGCAUUCCGUGUGCUGCGCUGGCUCGCCAGAUGCAGCUUGUCACGCUGGCCAUGUGACCCGGAAGUGUCUGCGGACAGCACUGGCUCCCAGCCUAUAGAGUGAGAUGAGCGCACAACCCUAGAGUCUGUCAAGACUGGCCCGUACCUUUAUGUACUGCUUAAUUCCAUAAUAGGCUUCCAAGUAUCUUAUGGGUAUAAAAACCAGCUAUUUCAGUUAUUUAUAUAUACUGCUUAAUAUUCAGACGUGUUAUACAGGCAUUAAAAUAUAAGUAUCCGAAAUUCUAUUGUAUGAUAGAAACCGCUUUAAGAUUAUCUGGGGUUUUUUUCCACAAUCACGCGGCAUAGACGUUUUAUGAAAUAAAUAAGAGGAAACGUAUGUUGUAACUGGGAGUUUGGGGUGUGUGUUAGGUGUGUGCAUGUUAAUGUGGUUUAGUAAACUUUCAAAAUGAAAAGUUGGUGCAUAAGAGCUUGCAUCCCAUAACUGAGUUGACAACCUGGCCACUCUGGUGCCUUACUGCCAGAUUAACAUUUCCUGCUAGAAAAAUGCAACCUGUGUAGUACGAUUCAUGCAACACGUUGGCGACUAAUAUGCAAACAAUAAUUGCCAAAAUAAUUAUACAUUCUUUAUCAAUCUUCUGAGCAAAAUACAAAACCUUGUGUAAAGCCACAGAGACUUAUGAACUACCCAACUUAAGAUGAACUUACUGUUAAGUUGUGGGUGAACAUAUCAGACGACACAGUGAUUCUUCAGACAGCUCUUGUUUAUUCACAGGCCAGAACUGAACUGAAGGGUUCAGCCAGCCUGCUUAUAUAGAGCUCCACUACAAUGUAACAGUAACAACUUUCUGUAACUAUCCAAUCACUGAACGUCACUUUCAAUUCCUUAUUUGCAUAUGUGGACCUGAGUGAAAACUAUCUACAGUAUCCCCCUGCUGGCCCAGGGUGAGAACUUCAGUACAUAACACUUAGAAUGUCUGGUUUCAAAGCCAGGGCGAAACAGGUGCAAAACGCCGGCACUCUGUCUACAACUUCACUAACAUCCAUCUACAACUUCACUAGCAUCUCUCAGUAUUGUGAACAACACCGAACUUACCCUUUGCUGGUAUCUUCAUGAACUCACCUAAAAGUUAAAGAAAACAAAAGACUGAGUUAAACAUUUGAAAAAUCCAUUGAAGUUCAUCUUAAGCUGGGUAGUUCAUAAGUCUCUGUGGCUUUACACAAGGUUUUGGAUUAACAUUUCCAGCUGAUGAGACUUCAGUUUUCGCCUCUAUGUGCUCCCCCCGCUCUCUUUUUCUGUUUUAUUAAAUUUGCUUAGUAACAUAACAUUAUUAUACAUAUUCUAUAAAACAAAGAAUACAGAACAAAAUUCAUUCAUACUACAAUGCCUAACUACAUAACAUUAAUAUAUAUGGUUUCUCUUCAGAUCGUAUAAAUCUUUCGCCUCUAUGUGCUGAAUUGAAUCCCCUUCGCUGAUUUCUCCCUCUUUCAACAGAAUGGAACUGUUGUGCCUUUCUCGGAAAAGCCGCCUUGCCAGAUGCAGUUGGAGAAACCGGAGCCAGCUUUUCCCGCGCAUGCGCAGCUGGGCCUUCCAGAAUCUUUGCCUCCACAGCCCUUGGCUCCUCCCCCUCCUCCCCCUCCCCCACCCCCUCCCCCUCCGCCCCAGCCUCUACCUGCACCUCUCCCUCUCAGAAGAGCUGGUGGCAGUAAGACGCCGGUAAUGUGUAUGGCAGUGAGAGUUCCUCUUAACUCCUCCAAUUGGGGUCUUGUCCGUUUCAGUUUCUUGCCUGCUGGUAGCAUAUGGGUUGGUGGGAGCAAUCCAGGGAUGGGAAACCCAUUUUCAGCCUGGGGGCCGCAUUCCUCCCUGGGCAGCCUCCCAGGGGCCGCUUGCCAAUGGUAAGCAGAGCUAGAGGUGAGCAAAGGUAAAUGCUUCCAAGCUUAUGCAGACAAUUAAGAACAUACAUUAAUCGCAAUACAGUAGUUAGCUGAUCUCCGAUUCUCAGUUUUUACAUCUUUUUUUUAUUAUUGUAUGUACGAUUGCUGUAGAUAGAUUGGUUUGUUUUUUUAAUGAAUAUUGCCAUACAGAUAUCUAACUAUGUAUUUUAUUUUUAUGUAGCAUUUCACUGCUUCCCACCCUGAGCCCCUUUAGAUAAAAGAGUGGGGUAGAAAUUUAAUUCCUGUAGGAUUUCAGGAGGAGCUGAAGGAUGUUGAGUCAGAGACUUUGUUGGUCAGUGUCGUUGAGAGAGCUGUGGGUUCUGAACCUCUUUUCUGUCCACUUUCUUCUUUGAUCCAGGCAGCCUCAUUAAAAAAAGACGUACCCAUGCAGAUAACCCUCCAGGACCUCCUAAAUGUAAAACUAAAGAAGGCCCAAAGCAGCAUGGGGAUAGACAAGGUAAAUUCGGAAAGGCGUAUUAAAUGUGCUUCACAUUUUGUGUUAAAUGCUCUGAGCUGAGCUGUUUGGGCCCUGCUGUCUGAUGAUCGGCCACUGUAUCAGAUUGGUAUUGUGAAGGACUCCUAGGCUACGGUCACCUGGACAGGUGUGGUGUUGUGAUGGUGUCAGUAACAAACAAACAAAAAUAUCUGCAGAAAACGGUCCACUUUCAAACACUGAUUAAUAGCAUAAUGAAUGGGACCCGGGUGAAAUUGGGCCAAGCGGAAGGGAAUACAAAAUUGGCCAAAACUAAAUAAAUCAGUGUCCAGGUUGAUUCAUACGGGGAAAAGUGGUCCUUGGUGUAUUGGGAAACUGAGCUGCAUAAGGCUUUAUAGGUCAAAACCAGCCAUUUGAUAAGUAACAAAGGGAAUUCUUUGAGCUCAAAAGGAAGGUUUAUUGUAUGGUUGUUUUAUGAAUCUGAGAGUUUGAAUCAGGUUUUUGUACUGAGCUAUGCAUUUGUGUAGUUUCUUUUUCCAAAUUCAAUUUUUAUUGAUUUUCAUUGAUUUUCUAUUACAAAAUGAGUUUCAAAAGCAUUUGCAGAACAUCUUUAAACAAAAUUUUUAAAAAUUCAAAGAUCCAGUUUAUCUUGGGAGGGUGUAAUAAAAACAAUAUGAUAGUGGGUUAGACCAGACAAAUAGAUUUGAUUUUAAGCAAUAACUUAGUUAUGUUUGUGCACUUUUGAGUCAUUUCUAUGAGUUAUGAAAGCUAUCUUUGUAGUUACAUAAAACCAUUUUGAUUAUUUAUAUGAUUUGUAAAAAGACAUACAUCUUUAACAAGAUUUCUUCUUUGGCUGUAACCAAAAAUGCAGCAACUUGUACGACUCUUUAUGUUACUUAAGUUAAAACAAAAAUAAAGCUUUGAAAAUACAGAAACACACAAAACACCACUUUCAAUUGAACCCAAAAGCUAACUGGUAGCUGAUGCAAUUGGGCUGGGGCUGGCAUUUCAGCCUUAGACUGCCUUGCCCUGUCAGGCCCCUGAAUUUGGCCUCAACUGCAGUUUCUGGACAGUCUUCAAAGGCAGCUCCACGUAUAAUACAUUGCAGUAAUCUAACCUAGAGGUUACCAUAGCAUGAAGAACAAAGGUUUGGCUAUCCUUCUCCAGGUAGGGGAAUAAAUUAAAGUCAUACCUCGGGUUGAAUGUGCUUCGGGAUGAGCGCGUUCGAGUUGCGCUCCAUGGCAACCCGGAAGUAACGGAGCGCAUUACUUCCGGGUUUCGCCGCUUGUGCAUGCACAGACGCUCAAAAUGAUGUCACACACAUGUGCAGAAGCGCCGAAAUGUGACCCGCAGACGCACGGACACGGGUUACGUUUGCUUCUAGAUGCAAACGGGGCUCCGGAACGGAUCCCGUUUGCAUCUAGAGGUACCACCGUAUUUUGAAUGGCAAGUAAGAAAUAAAAUAAAAUAACAUCCCCAGACUUCAACAAGCAGUUAAUUUCCUACUUUCCUGAAGUCACCAGCAAUUUAAGCUAUUUAAGGUUAUGUCCGAACUUCAAGGGAAUGGGGGUUGGGUAGAGGUAUUGGUAGGGUUUAUUUAGAGUAGGGGUCACCAACCUAAGGCCCAUGGGUCAGAAGCAGCCUGCGGAGGUUUUUUGACCGGCCCACAAGCUGCCCCCGAACCGAGCCACCUGCUUGCUCACUGCGCUAAACCGCCACAGCAUGGCACAGGAACUUGCUUUCAUGGCGCUGGAAAUCACAUCUGCGCAGACGCCGGAAAUUGCAGGCAGGCGCGAUCCAGCCCACGGAUGGAUCUCCGUGGGACCGAUCCAGCCCAGGCAAGAUAAACCUUGCCGACCCCUGAUUUAGAGGAUAAAAACAAGAAUAAUGGAGAAGGGAAAGGGCCCAAGAAAUUUUUUGUGCCCCCCUGAUAAAAUUCAUCACAAAGGCACUGUGUUGAAGCUUCUUUCAGAAGGUAUGGUGCAGUAACAAGUCUUUCUUUUCUUCAGAGGAGAUCUCCGUUUGAGAGGCGCAAGGCAUUAAUCACCCUCUCCGACUUGCAAAGCAUCAAUCUAAAAUCCAAAGCCCCAAGACCACAAGCUCGGGUUACCAGUCACUUGAUGUAAGGCACCUCUGACCUUUCUGCAAAUUUUAUGUGCAGCGUUAACGUUGGUCCACUUAGGAAAUCUGUAUUUUAAUUUUCAUGUUUGCUCUUCUUUUCCCCCUCCAGCACUCCUAGCAGAAGCAGCUUAGAUUUCCGGAAACACUUGAGAAAAGUCGCUAUUGAGAGGUAACCAUCUAUAUAGGGAAGUAGGGGUCAUUCUCCCCCUUUUUUCCUUUCUUUUAGCUCACCAUAUGAUCCUGCCCAGACCCCAAGGUCAUCAUUUGAGGGAGUUCCGGGGUGAGGACAAUGAGAGAACAGGGCCUUCUCUGUGGUAGCUCCCAUUUUGUAGCAUGGUCUCCCCAGGGAGACCCACCUGUUGCCAACCUUGCCAUCACAUCAGCACCAGGCAAAGGCAUUAUUUCUUUCCUCAGGCAUUUGGGCAGAACCAAUAAAUGGAGGCUUUCCCUCUGUGUCUUUGACAUAUUUUUAUGAAAGCAUUUUAUUAUUCCUGUAAGUUGCUUUAGGAUAUGUCGCUCUGAGAAGCAAAACAUGAAUCCAGUUAACCGAAACACAAGUUUAUGGCUCCCAGCAUAGACCGUGUACCCUCUUUAUUUUUCCUUCCGCUGCCCCAGGAGCCCAGGUGGAACCCCGUUAAGCAACAAAGAGAACAUGGAGACUGGCACAGGACUGACACCCAUCAUGACGCAGGCUCUGCGGCGCAAGUUUCAGGCAAGGCUCUCUAGGGAUCUCUGUUGGGUUGGCAAAGCAAGUGUUGAAAGGGGGCUUCGAACGCACAGUCCCAUCUUCCCAAGUCAGGGGUGGGGAACCUCGUCCCCACAAGGGCCACAUUCCCCUUGCAGGGGAAACCUUCCGCAGGUCAUGUGCCGGGAUGGGUGGGGCUAGGGGCAAAAUUGGGAGGAGCAAUGGAGGUGUGACUUGUACUUUUGCACACUAGUCUACAUUCCAACUGCAAAAGACAGAGGCUUUUUGCACGUCUGUAUAUGUGUGUGUAUGCUUGUGUGUAUGCACACACACACACACACACACACACACACACAGGCAACCCCCCAUUUGCACAGGGGUUAUGUUCCGAGGCACCCCAUGUUUAAUAAUAAUAAUAAUAAUAAUAAUUAAAUAAUAAUAAUAAUAAUAAUUUAUUAUUAUUAUUUAUACCCCGCCCAUCUGGCUGGGUUUCCCCAGCCACUCUGGGCAGCUUCCAAUCAAACACUAAAAUACAAUAACCUAUUAAACAUUAAAAGCUUCCCUAAACAGGGCUGCCUUCAGAUGUCUUCUAAAAGUUUGGUAGUUAUUUUUCUCUUUGACAUCUGAUGGGAGGGCAUUCCACAGGGCGGGUGCCACUACCAAGAAGGCCCUCAGCCUGGUUCCCUGUAACUUGGCUUCUCACAGCGAGGGAACCACCAGAAGGCCCUCGGCGCUGGACCUCAGUGUCCGGACAGAACAAUGAAGGUGGAGACACUGCUUCAGGUAUACUGGACCGAGGCCGUUUAAGUGAAUACCGUAUUUUUUGCUGCAUAUGACGCACUUUUUUCCUCCUAAAAAGUAAGGGGAAUUGUGUGUGCGUCUUAUGGAGCGAAUGCAGACUGCGCAGCUAUCGCUGAAGCCAGCAGAGCAAGAGCGAGAGCUGUGCAGCGCCUCUUGUUCUGCUGGCUUCCCAGCGAAGCGGGAGGAGGAACGGAAGGGAGCCCUUACACGGGAGCCCUUGCUCCGCUGGGUUCAGUGAUAGCUGCGCAGCUUCCUCUGGCUUUUCAGGGAGGUGGGAGAAGGGACGGAGGGCAGCCCGUCAGUCCCUUCUCCCACCUCCCGGAAAAGCCAGCAAGAGCCGCUCUAUCUUUAAAGAGCCACGCCGAGCGAGCGUGUCUUGCUGGCUUUUCUUGUUUUCCUCCUCUAAAAACUAGGUGCGUCUUAUUGUCGGGUGCAGCUUAUAGAGCGAAAAAUACGGUAUUUGAAACGGCAUUGAAAAUGCCUACAAGCAGUGCUUCCCCCACCCAACCCCUUCCCGUUCCACUCCUUUUUGUGACGUUUUCGGGUCACUUCUGGGUUUGGCGUAAUGCACGUUCACAUUUUGAACGCGUGUAAAUGCGGGGUUGCCUGUGCACACUCGCGCACAACCCUCCCCAUCCUCCCCCAGCCCAAGCAAGAGGUGUUGCUACAAUUAACAUGAAUUCUGCAUCUGUACAAAAGAACUUGAGGGAGGGGGUGAGGUGAGGAGUCUAGCCUGAGGAGAGGAAGUGGCUUUAGGAAGUGUGGGCAGAACGGCGCAAAAACUGAAGUUACAGCCAGAAGGAAAAGUUGAAACCUCUCUCUCUCUCUUUUCUUGACAGUUGGCUCACCCAAAGAGUCCCUCUCCAUCCCUGUUGCCGAAAGGAAGCAGCUUUGAGGAGCAAAGUUAG